AUGGGCUAUGAACUAUCUUUAACGGUUGUGACAAUAUUUUGGGCCCUUGUCGGUUUUGGAUCACCGUUAGUCAUACCAAAGGGUCCUAAUAGAAGUCUUAUUCAAACAAUGAUUGUCAUGACAUCGUUUUGCUGCUACCUUUUCUGGUUGAUCGUAUUUGUCGCGCAGUUAAACCCACUUUACGGCCCCCAAAUCCAAAACUCAACAAUUCGAAUUAUUCGAAAAGAAUGGCCGGUACGUGAUUGCCCCCUGUAUUAUUGUUUAAAAGCCUGUUGCAUAGGUCCAUUACUAACCGCUGUGGCUCGUGAUACUUCCUGUUGUCUGUAA